UGAAAUGCUGACGAGAAACACUGUAGAGAAUUAUAUGGUCAUGGUGGACCUACUGAUGCUGCAAAAGCAGCCUUUUUGAACUUGGCAAGUGAGAAGUUGCAACUUGCAAUGAAAGGAAACCGAUCAUACAUAGGGUUCUCAUUUAGUCAUUUUCAACCUCACUUUCCCAUCCAGAGCUGGGAUCUCAGUUUGUUUGAGCCAAACACUCGGAUCUUUGAUCCAAAAGUACUCAAGGAAGGCAGAUCAGUAGGAUCGAGGGAAGCAAAGGAAGCAGAAUAUGGCUUCUCUGGCCGCUGAAGCAGCAGCCAGUUCUUCAUCUUCAUCUCUCCCACCUUUAUCUACUGAUCAGCCAAAUCAUUACACCUACGAGGUCUUCCUGAGCUUUCGGGGUGAGGAUACGCGCAGUAGUUUUACAGAUCAUUUGCACAGCGCUUUGUAUGAGAGAGGAAUCGAGACCUUCAUUGAUGAUGAGCUCAAAAGAGGAGAAGAAAUAUCAUCAGCCCUUGUCAAAGCAAUUGAGGAGUCCAGAGUUUCAGUUGUCGUCUUCUCUCAAAACUAUGCUUCGUCAAGGUGGUGCUUGGAUGAACUGGUCAAGAUACUUGAAUGCAGAAAAUCAAAAGGGCAAGAGGUUAGACCAGUUUUCUACAAGGUGGAUCCCUCAGACGUACGACACCAGAGAGGUGCUUUCGGUGACGCAUUUGCUACACUUGAUCAAUGCAAACACAAGGAUAGCAUUGAGAAAUGGAAGGCAGCUCUUACGGAAGCAGCAGAUUUGUCUGGAUGGCCUUUCAAGGAUGGCGAGUACGAGGCUAAAUUUAUUAAGAAGAUUGUUGGGGAGUUGUCUGCCCGAGUAGUAAACCCUUCAUAUGAGUUGCAUGUUACUGAACAUCCCAUUGGAUUAGAGUCUUGUAAUCAAGAAGUCUACAAACUUUUACAUGCUGAGGACAAUAUUGUUCGUAUGGUUGGCAUUUGGGGGCCUGGUGGAAUAGGAAAGACCACAAUUGCGAAACAUGUGUUUAAUUCAAUUCGCCAUGAGUUUGAAGCUUGUUGUUUCUUAGAAGAUGUUAGAUCAAGUGGUCUAACCCAAUUGCAAGAGACACUUGUUUUUGAAAUCUUAAAUGACUCAACUUUGAAAGUGCAAAGUGUUGAUAAAGGAGUAGGUAUGAUAAAGACAAGGAUGAGGAAUAAGAAGGUUCUCUUACUCCUUGAUGACGUGAGUCAUUCUAGCCAAUUACAGAACCUAAUUCCAUCUCCUUAUUGUUUUGGACCAGGCAGUAGAGUUCUCAUAACAACAAGAGAUAAACGGUGGUUAACUGCUCAUCAAGUCGAUGAAGUAUACGAGGUCAAGAUGUUAAAAGAUCAUCAAGCUUUGAACUUGUUUAGUUUGAAUGCAUUCAAAAGUAAUGGACCUCCAGGCGAAUAUCUAAAACUUGCACAACGUGCGGUAUGCUAUGCCCAGGGCCUUCCAUUAGCUUUGAUUGUUUUAGGCUCUCAUUUAUUUCGUAGAAGCAGAGAGGAGUGGGAAGCUACAUUAGAUAGUAGCAGGGGAGAAGAUCCCCACAGAGAGAUAAGAGACGUGCUCAAGAUAAGUUAUGAUGCUUUGGGGGCAGAUUUAAAAGGAUAUUUUCUUGACAUUGCUUGUUUCUUUAAGGGUUACCCUGUACACAUUGUGAAACCAAUACUAGAAGCUUGCUAUGACCUCAAAUCAGUGACUGGUAUCGCACAACUCCAAGAAAAAGCCUUGAUAAGAAUUGAUGGGCACAAGAUUUGGAUGCAUGACUUGAUUGAAGAAAUGGGUAAAGAUAUAGUAUAUCAAGAGUCGCCUGGUGAGCCCGGGCAACGUAGCAGGGUCUGGAACGAAGAUGAUGUUAAGCACAUUCUAGCAUAUAAUACAGGAACUGAUAAAGUUAUAGGCAUCCAGAAGUCAUCUAUGGGACUUUUACAUUCUGAAAGCUUAUCUCAGAUGAAGAAUCUUAGAUAUAUACAGUGGGUUUCUAAUGUUGAUAAUUAUGUGUUUGAAGAUAUGGAUUAUCAGCAUUAUCUAUCCAACCAGUUGAGGUGGAUUGAUUGGCCAGCAUAUCCAUUCAAAUGUCUUCCAUCUGACUUUCAUGCAAACAAACUCGUAGAGCUCAAUAUUCCUCACAGCCGCAUAAUCACACGAUUAUGGGAGGGAUGUAAGAAUUUCUCAAGCUUAACAGGUAUGCAUUUAAGUGGUUGUAUAUCCCUGACAGAACUCCCAGACUUCAGAGGAAUCCCAAACCUGAAAGAGUUGGAUCUACGUGACUGUAAGAGUUUAGUUAAGGUUCCUGAGUCGCUUGGAUUGCUUGAUAAGCUAGUUACCUUGACUGUUGACAGAUGCUAUAGUCUUAUUAUGUUUCCUAAAAAAAUUAAGUUGAAAUCUAUAGAGACUAUUUCUCUCCACCUUUGCCAUCAAUUAGAGGAAUUUUCAGAAGUAGGGAAAGAGUUGGGUUCACUGAGGAUGUUGGAUCUAUCAGGAAGUGGCAUUAGAGAAUUGGAUGAGUCAAUUGGAAAUCUCAUUGGGCUUGAAAACUUAAAUCUUGGGAGUUGCAAAAAUCUUAGGAGUCUACCGUGCAGCAUAUAUGGGUUGCAAAAUUUGGAGGAGCUUGAUCUGUGUUACUGCUGGAAUCUGGUUAGAUUUCCAACAAAUUCCAACAUUGUGAAUGGCAAUGGUUGCUCACUAUCACUUCCCAAGCUAAAAAGAUUGAGUAUCAUCGUGUCCGGUUUGUCAGAUUGUGAUUUCCUGAAGACUCUUGAUUGCUGGGAAACAUUACAGUCGCUUGAUCUGUCACAUAACAAGUUUGUUAGUCUUCCUGGACUAACAAAAUUUGUCAACUUGGUGUCACUUAAGUUGAACAAUUGCUACAGAAUCCGAGAACUUCCGGAGCUUCCACCUAAUGUUAAAGUACAGGUAAGGGGGUGUGAUUCACUGGAUUUAGGGGGAGAGUCGCCGAUAAUUGAAUCUGAUUGGGACGCAAGGACAAUAUUGGAACAGUUCGGUGGCCCUGAGCCAGUAUUGCAUUUUCUGUAUUCCAAACCUCCGAAACGACAACUCGCUGCUGGGAGGGAAGCACCGUCGCCGUCCACUAAAGAUGACUGUGAACCACUGGACAUAGAGGUGGCGUCACCAUCAGAAGGAAAAAGGUCCCAUAAGAUUGUCGAAGAAGAAGUGUCAGUACCAGAAAAAAGGCCAAGAAACUGACCACCCUCCCUCUCUAGUUUCAAUGUCUGUCUUCAAUAUUUAUGUUAUUAUAAAUCUGGAUGCUGAUAUUCUGCCAUUUUUGAACCAGUAGGUCUUGCUUCCUUGCAUUACAAACACAUGCAUAUUUAUUGAUAUACUCUUAUGAUCUAUGACAGUCUUAAAAUUAAUUUCAUUAGCGGAAUUUUUACUGUUGUUGGGUUUUGGUUAUGGUUAUGUUUGAGAUUUUGUUUGGGACUGGGUUGUCAGUACUAAGAGCAUGUGUUAAGUACCUGAUUUAGUAGCAGAAGCAUCCAGCUGUUCAAAAUUUCAUAGGACAGUUGGUCGAUCUUUUCCAUCCAAUUUGAACUUUAUUUGGAAACAAAGUCCUCUUCUUACUCUAGUUACACUCUUUGAUUGAAAGAUUUUAUGUUUCGUUGAGGUUUUCUGAGAGAUCAAUUUGGAAUUUGAGUGUAGGGCUUUCAAAUGAACCUUGGCACUGCUACAAUUCUAGAUGCUGAGGCUCUUUUUAUCAGUUUACGGUAUCAAACUCGUCUUUAAGCAUUAUCAUGUCAAAGUGAAAAUAAGGUUCUAGAAUAGUAGCGGUUAUUAAGAAUGGCCUGUCUUUGGCCAACUAUCUUGCUUCGUGGUGCUGCGGCAGGUGUGCUGAACUUUGGUUCACAUUGUUUCUAAGGAUUGAAUUGAUGCUGUGCUCUUCAAACAGUCUGACUUCCUGUAUUCCAGUGCAAUGGUCUUGUAUGGUGGUUGAUGAGUAAUUUUUUUCAGUCAUAAGCAAGUGGCUUGAAUUAUUUAGAAGCUGCUGCAGGAUUAAGCUCUCUCUAACAAGUA